AUGGCAUGCAGCAGACCUACAAAGCUUGGUUUGGAGGAACCCCAAGAGCAGAUUAUUCGAAAGAUUAGAAUAACACUCUUCUCCAAGAAUGUCAAAAUCCUCGAGAAGGUGUGUGGGUAUCUGAUAAAGAGCGCUAAAGAAAAGAAACUUAGAAUUAAGGGUCCAGUCCGCAUGCCUACUAAGAUUGCUCUAAGGUUCUUCAUCACUACUAGGAAGUCCCCUUGUGGAGAAGGAACCAACACUCGGGAUAGGUUUGAGAUGCGAGUUCAUAAAAGAGUGAUGGACCUCUUCGGCACCCCAGAGGUGGUCAAACAUGUCACCAAUAUACAGAUGGAAGCCCGCGUCGACGUUGAGGUUACCAUUGCCGAUGUUUAAAUAUGGGCUCUAGCUGCUGGAAGCUUCUCUAAAGAGAUCUCAUUAGUUAAUUAGUAUGUUUUUAAUUUGAUAUUCUUGUUUUUUUAAUAGAGAAAAAAAUAGACAUCAUUAAUUUGAAUGGGAAAUUUGCAUUUCAUUAACUAAAAAAAAAAAAAUUACAUAGCCAAAAACACCACUUGCUAGCUUCAUCGAAAAGGUGAUAGCUUAGAUAAUUUCCUACAGCUCUUUGAAGCUCUUCUUUUACAAAAU